GUGUUGGCCACAGACAUGUCCAAACACAUGACCCUGCUGGCUGAUUUAAAGACGAUGGUGGAGACCAAGAAGGUGACGAGUUCUGGCGUGCUGCUGCUGGACCACUAUACAGAACGAAUACAGGUACUGAGGAACAUGGUGCACUGCGCCGACCUGAGCAACCCCACCAAACCGUUACCGCUGUACAGACAGUGGACGGAGCGGAUCAUGGAGGAGUUCUUUCGACAGGGUGACAAAGAACGAGAGAGAGGGAUGGAGAUCAGCGCCAUGUGUGACAAACACACUGCGUCUGUAGAGAAGAGUCAGGUGGGUUUCAUCGACUACAUCGUCCACCCGCUGUGGGAGACGUGGGCCGACCUGGUGCACCCCGACGCCCAGGAGCUGCUGGACACGCUGGAGGAGAACAGGGAGUGGUACCUGAACACCAUGCCCCAGUCCCCCUCGCCUCCCCCAGACAGACACCUGCAGCACGACCGCUUCCAGUUCGAACUCACCCUGGAGGACCUGGAGCACAACAACCACAACCACAUACACUUGAGGAAUAGCGGCGGCGGCGGCGGCAGCAGGAGGAGCAACCGGAGAGCCAUCUGCGACGACGACGACGACGACGACGACGACCAGCCAGAGCCGAACGGAGAGGAGCAGAACCACGUGGGAGCCGAGAAAGACGACGAGGAGAAUCACAACAGCGAACACAAUGGAGUCCAGGACGAAGAAGAGGAGGAGGAGGCUGGAGAAAGGGAGGGAGAGGAAGCCGAGGAGGGGCAGGAAGAGGAGCAGCAUCAGGAGGAGCAAGUAGAAGAGGAAGAAGCGAAUGAUGCAGCAGGAGAUGAGGAGGUGAAGGAGGAGGAGGAUGAGCAACGUGAGGAAGGAGAAGAAGAGCCGGAGGAGGAAGAGGGUGACAAGGAUGAAGGAGAAGGCGAGGAGGGUGGAGAAAAUGAGGAGGGAGAUGGACAGGAAAAUGUAGAAGAAGAUGUAGAAGGGGAUAAAGAAGGAGAAGUGGAAGAAGGAGAGACAGAGGAGCAGGAGGCAGAAAAAGAAGAGGAGGACGCAGAACAAGAGGAUGCAGAGGAGAAAGUGGAAGAAGAGGAGGCAGAAAUAGAAGAUAAAGCAGAGGAGGAGGAGGAGGAGGGAGAAACAGAGGAGAAUGUGGAGGAGGAAGAGGAAAAAGCAGAGCUGGAAGAAGCAGAGGAGGAAGCGGCAGCAGAGGAGGAAGAAAUACAAGAGGAAGAGGAGAGUUAG